AUGGUUACAGAGUUAGAAGAAAAGCAUGGAUGGUGGAAUUUGAAGUUACUAGACGUUAGUCAGACGCUUGACGAGCACAUGUAUAACUGGCAUGUAGCCGGUACAGUAAAGUACACAAACGGAUUCGUCGUGUCCAUUGAGAAGAUAGAGCUGUCGGAUAUCAAGAAGGCAGUAAGGACUGUAAGCAAUACCACAGAGUGGACUGGUUCAGUGAGUGGCAAUAUUAUUCUUAGAAACGUGAAGGUCGGUUUCGACGUCAUAGUCAAUUUGGAUGGUGAACCUGUGCAGCAUUACACUGGUAUUUACACGCACUCCCAAAUUAGGAUCACGUGUACGAUUAUAAAAAAUAUUAAUCUAAACCAGUACAAUGUGAAUGCUGAAAUAUCUAAUUUGAACGUAGGCAACGGAGUCAGAAUGAUAUACAUGCCUGCGAACCACGUCACUCAAGUGCUUGCAAGACUAUAUACACCAUUCAGCAACUGGGAUAGUAUUACAUCAUGGUGCCACGAGGUGAUCGAACCCAUUCUUUUAAAACUAACAGAGAAAAUAGAUUUUCCAAAUGUUUGUUUCGCUUGCUCAAAUUGA